GCCGUACCGCAGUGGGCCCGGGAUGAGGGCAACCGCCGUCCUGAGGCGGCUGCGGGCAGUGACAGCACCCCGCAGGGAGCAACUGCAGGAGUGCCGGAGGCGGGCGAGGCGGACGAGACGUCCUGGUGCUGGCUGGCGGGGAGCGGUGUACGGCAGCUGGGCCCACGUGGCCGCCUGGCGGCCCAGCGGGUGCUGCAGCGGGCUGCCGUACUGCUGGCGGCGGCGGCGGCCCGCAGCAGCAGCAGCAGCUCCUGCCCCCCGGGUGCGCAGCCGCAGCCCCCACGGCCGGGUGAGGUGGCGUGUGUGGUGCGGGGGGCCGCGGAGGUGGGGGCGCUGCCGCCCGGCAGCUGGUGGGCGGCCUGGGAGGCGGCGGCGUGGGGGGCGCUGCCGCAGCAGCUGCGACCCGUGGGUCCUAGUGCUAGUCCUAGUGCUAGUGCUAGUCCUAGUCCCAGCAGCCUUCAUCACCUGCGGGGGCCGGCAGGGUCGGAAGCGGCUGCAGCGCUAGCCAUGCAGGGACGGCCGCUGCAUGUGCCCUCCUCCAGCGCCGCCUCCUUCUCACCCUCCCGGCCGCUACACCCCUCCCCACCGGGCCCCCCCUGCUGGUUCAGCGCCGCCGAGGCUGCUGACGUGCUGUACAGCCUGGCCCGACUGGUCAACCUGCGGGGGAGGGGCAGGCAGCGGCGAGGCGACGAGGGGGGCAGCCGCACCCCGCAUCCACUAUGGGGCCAACAGCACCACCAGCAGCACCACCAGCAGCGCUCGUUCUCCAAACCCGUAUCACAGCAGCAGCAGCAGCAGCAGCUCGCAUAGGCCCGGGCGGCACGCACUUCGCAGCACCUCAGCCGCAGCCAGCCGCCCCCCCGGCCCCCUAAGCACCUACAUGCUGGUCUGGGCGCUGCGGCGGCUGGCGCUGCGGACCCCCCGGGAGGCGGCGCUGUGGGGCCCCUGUCUGGCGGCCGCCGCGCCCGCCGCCCUGCCUCUGCUCACCCCGCGCAAGCAGGUGGUGCUGCUGCGGUGCAUGGUGCGGGCAUGCAGGGCGGCGGGCAGGCAGCUGCCGCCGGGGGUGGCGGAUGCGUGGCUGGAGGCGUUCAGUGACGGCAUGGCGCGGGCGCGCGGCGGCACGCUGUCGUACGCCGCUGCGGUGGUGGCGGAGGCGCGGCUGGCGGCGCCGGCGGAGUGGCGGGCGAGGUGGCGGAGUGCCGUACGGCG